AUGACGCCGCUGCAGCUGGCCUUAUCAAAUCUGACUGACGUUGGUGACAGCGAUGAUGAUUUGCUGGACAACGAAUUCCAAAGCCUGGAUGCGGCGCGCUGCCUCUUGGCAGCAGGCCCAGCCCUGCCCAUACUCUCAUCACUGGCUGCUGCUGGCCCCGCCGCCCUGCCGCUCUAUGCCGACUUUGUCAUCGCCCGCCUGCCGCUGUCUGGGCAGGAUUGGGCGCUGGUGCCAGCCCCCUGCCCCGGCCUGUGCGGAGUACUGCCGGCUGCUUUGGCGCACUCGCCUGAGCAGGCGCGCCAGCUGGUGCGCCACUUGCCACCUCCAUAUGUGCAGCGGCUGCGCACUGCGGCGCUGGCGCUACACCGCGCCCAGAAGGAACUGGGCACCUCGCUGCCGCCGCCCAUUGUUGGGCUCAUCCUGGCUGCGGGGUGCGCUGAGUGA